UUCUGAUUCCGGGGAAAACCUCAUAAUAAACAUCGGAUAGAUUUAUAAAUCAUUUAUCUGAACCUCCAAAAUUUCAUCAAAGAAGUUGCAGCAGCCCCGUGCGGCCGUGCCUCCUUCCCUCGUCAUCUUUCUCGUUUUUCCUCCGCCGACCACCGUUUUUCUCGUCUCCAUCCGAAGCUCCCACGCCGAUUAUUCGUUUCCUCUGUCUUCGGGUCCUCCUGGUCUCUUACUCCGCCAUCGUCUUCCUGUAGUUUUGUUGUAGAGAAGGAUUUCAUUGUUUUCCUCGUACGUAUGAAGAGAGGUCCCAUUCCUGAUGAUGAUGAUACUGUUGCGAGGAAGGGGAGGGUUGUCACAACCACCGAGGGGUGGCUGGAACUGCUCCUCUGUACCACCACAAAACCACCGCCUAUCCUUCUGGACGAGCUCAUAGAGGAAAUCCUGCUGAGGAUUCCGGCAAGUUCUCUUGUUCGAUUAAGGAACAGCGUCUGCAGUUCAUGGAGAACCCUAAUUUCCAGUUCCCAAUUUGCCAAGGACCACCUUCGACGUUCAAUGGCGGUGGAUCCAGCCUUGACCCACCCGCGUAUUGCCUAUUAUAGCUCAAGCCACUCAUACCCCACAAUCGGAACUUUCUCCGUCCGAUCUGUGUUCGAGAACCCUCCCCAUGAACCCACUAAAGUAGUUGCCUAUGAGGGACGAUGCUACCGUAGCAUCAUUGGCUCUUGUCAUGGAUUGCUGUGCUUGCACGAUGAAGAGCUUGAGGAUCGUGCCAUUCUGUGGAACCCCUGCACCGGAUUCACAUCUCCGCCGCUUGAAAUUGGUGGUAUCUUCGACUAUUGUGGAUUCGGUUAUGAUCAUGUGAACGACAAGUAUAAGCUUUUCGGGAUUGUGAAUAAGAAAUCAGGUGAAUCUGUCACCAGAAUUUUCACAUUCGGCCCAAAAUCUAAAUGGAGAACAAUUCAGGAUUUCCCAUAUAGACUACAUAACCUCGAUGGCAAGGGGUCUGUACUGGCUUUGGUAGGGCUUUUUGUAAGUGGCACUGGCACCCUUAAUUGGCUUGUUCGCAGCAGUCUUAGUAGUUCUGUGGCAGUUCUUUCCCUUGACUUGGUGAAAGAGACUUAUAGUCAGUUUUCCGCUCCCAAUAGGGAUUCAGAUGAUGAGUUCUUUGCGGUUCCCCAUUUGAGUAUCUUGAGGGGUUGUCUUGCUGUUUGUUAUGAGACUAAGAAAACUCAUUGGACUCUCUGGUUGAUGAAGGACUAUGGCGUUCCUCAAUCUUGGACUAAGUUGGCAAUAAUCCCCCACCACCCGCUACUCGUUAAUACUCGUACUCGUUCACCUCAUGUGUUAUGGCCUAUUUACAUGUUGGAAAAUGAUGUUCUACUGGCGAAAUCUCCUAGUGGCAAGUUAGUUUUAUGUAACUUAAAUGAUGGCAGCAUAGAUUUUCCUAAUGUUGACAGCUCCAGUGAUGGCAUGACCAAAUACCGUCCUUUGUCUCGGGAUUCAUACUCAAGGAUCUUUCACUUCUAUCAUGAAAGCUUACUUUCACCCUCGCACCUUGGUCUUCCAAGUUGCUCAUCUGAAAUGCGGUUAUUUAAGCCAAGCCUAUAAUCUCUUAAGGAUAGUUUGCAUUUUGGCUACCUUUUGGGGAAGAAUAUCCUACGCAGUCCCUUGAAUCCAUAUCUUUAUUAUCAUUAAUGUGGUGCCUUGUUUUUGGUUUUUUUUUAAUAGACUGUGUCUUUGAUUUAAUGUUUUUUAAUUAGGUUCCUUAUGAAUCUAACUGAAUGAUAUAAAUAUGAAUGACUUUUGCUUUAGUUAGAAUAUGUAUUCAUCAUGAAAUGCUAUAUAAUAAUUUAUGUUUUA